UCAACCAAAGGCCCCCUCCGUAGUUGUAACCACGCCCACUCAGCUGUUUCCUCAAGUUCAACGAAGCUCCAGGGAAAACUUUUCCUCUCCUGUCCAGUCUCACGUUGGUGGACAUCACACCACUGCGAGUUUGUUUUUGAACAUUUCUUUCCCCAGUCACAAGUAGUGUAAACAUGUCUCUCACGGAUCAGCUGUGGAGUCCCACGAGCGUCCAGGUAACGGUGCUCCAAGCCAGAGGCCUGAGGAUAAAGGGGAAAAGCGGCACCAACGAUGCGUACGCGGUCAUGCAAGUGGGCAAGGAGAAGUAUCAGACCUCGGUGGUGGAGAAGAGUGUAGCCCCGAUGUGGAAGGAGGAGGCCGCCUUUGACCUGAUGCCUGCACCGCAUCAAGGAGCAGGAGGAACGCUGCAUGUCCACGUCCUGCACCGGGCUCUGGUGGGUCCAGACAAACUGCUGGGUCAGGCUGUCAUCAACCUGCUGCAGCUGAGUGAGGACAAAACCCGCAACAAGACUGAGUGGUUUAAGUUGCUGGACAAGACUGGAAAGCCGGAUAAAGACAGAGGAGAGGUGCUGGUGGACAUCCAGUUCCUGAGAAACAACAUGACCGCUAGCAUGUUCGACCUUUCUGGUGCCGGCAAAUCCAGAUCUCGCCUGGGCAAGUUCAAAGACAAAGUCAGAGGCAAGAAAAAGGAAUCAGACACUUCGUCAAACGUGGUGCCGUCGUUUACUCAGGUUUUGACUGACAGCGAGGAGGAGGAGGGACACGGGGACGGGGAGGUUCCUGCGGGCAAAGAUGAGAAAAAGAAGAAACUGAAGAUCAAGUCUUUGUUUUCUCCAAAGUCCAACCUGCAGAAGAACAUGUCUCAGUCCAUGUCUGUUCUGCCUGGGAAAAACUCGCCACUGAGCGGCAGCAUAUCGUCUGGACUGAAUGUGGAUGCUUCUGAAGGUAAAAAGAAGUUCAAGUUCAAGAUACACAAACGCACAGGCAGCUCAGACAACAAAGACUCCUCUGCUCAUCAAAAACAUGCCACUGCAGAACAAAGUAAUGUGUGCAUCAAUGGCAGCCAUAUUUACUGCGAGGAGCCACCGCCUCGAACCUCUCGCAUCGGCUCCAACUACAGCCUGGCGAGUUCAGGACACGGAUCCAUGGAGGAUGUCCCCGACAGCUCGCCUCCGUCUGUGGAUUCACUCAGAGCAGUGAGGCAAUAUUCACCCUGGACAGAGGAGGAGGAAGAGGAGGAGGCCGCUGCUGUUAAACCUACAAAAGAUGAAGAGGGCGAACUCAGGAGUAGGGAAGAGGAAAGGAUGGAGGAGGAGAGGAGGAAAGAAGAGGAAGAGCGUGAGGGGCUGGCUGAGGAAAAGAGGAGACAAGAAGAAGAAAAUAGGAGGGCUGAAGAGGAGAAAGCAAAAUGGGAGGAAGAAGAGAGGAUAAGGAGGGCAGAGGAGGACAGGGUGAGAAGACAUGAAGAAGAGCUUAAGAGGUUAGCCGAGGAGAAGAGGAGGCAAGAGGAUGAAGAAAGAAGGAUUGAAGAAGAGAAAAUGAAAAAGGAGGAAGAGGAAAGAAAAAGGAAGGAGGAAGAAGAGAGUAAAAGACAAGAGGAGGAAGAGAGAGUCAGGAGAGAAGAAGAGCAUGCAAGAUUAUGUGAAGAAAAGAAGAAACAAGAAGAGCAAGAAAGACAGAAAAUUGAGGAAGAGGAAAGAAGGAAAAGAGAGGAAGAGGAGAUGAUAAGGCUGGAGAGAGAAAGGGCACAGGAAGAGAGGAGGAAAAUAGAGGAAGAAGAGAGGGCUAGAAGACUAGUGGAAGAGCAAAAAUUAGAAGAGGAAGAGAGGAGAGUCGAGGAAGAAGAAAGGAGAAGGAUUAAGGAAGAGAAAGCUAGACAGGAGGAAGAAGAGAGGAUUAGGAGGGAGGAGGAGAGAGUCGAAGAAGACCGGAGGAGACAAGAGGAAGAAGAGGUAAUGAGAAGACAAGAGGAAGAGCAAAAGAGGAGGCUGGAAGAACAAGAGAGUGAGAGGAGACAAAGGGAGGAAGAGGAAAGGAGUAGAAAAGAAGAAGAGGAGGAGGAGAAGGUGAGAAAGGAAGAAUAUGAAAGAUUAGUGGAGGAAAAGAGGAAACAAAAGGAGGAAGAAAAGAAAAGGAUUGAGGCAGAAGAGCAAAAGAGAAGGAAGGAAGAGGAACAGACAAGGUUGGAGGAAGAGCGUAAGAAGUUACAGGAAAUGAGAGAACUAGAAGAACAAGAGAAGAGGAGAUUGGAAGAAGAAGAAAAUAGGAAAAGAGAGGAAGCGGAAAGAAUUAGUUGGGAGGAGGAGAGGAGAAAAGAGGAAGAGGAAAGAGUGAAAAAGGAAAAGGAGGAAUAUGAGAGACAGGAGGAACUAGAGAGGAGAAGAGUUGAGGGAGAGGAGCGAGCUAGAAAGGAAGAGCAGGAAAGGAUAGAGGAAGAGAGGAGGAGGAAUGAAAAAGAAGAAGAGCAAGUGAGGAAGGAAAUUGAGAGAUUGGCAGAGGAGAAAAGGAGACUCGAAGAAGAAGAAGAAGAAAGAAGUAGAAUUGAAGAGGAAGAAAAAAGGCAAAGAGAGGAAGAAGAGAGAGUGAUGAGGGAAAUGGAAGAAAUGGAGAGAUUGGCAGAAGAGAAAAGGAGACGAGAAGAAGAAGAAAGAAGCAGAAUCAAGGAGGAAGAACAGAAGAUUAUGGAGAAGAAAAAGAAGAAAGAGGAAGAUGCUAGGAAGCUGGAGAAAGAGAAGUUAGAAAAAGAGGCGGAGGAACAAAUGAAGAGAGAGAUUAAGAUAAAACACAAAGCUGCAGGGAGGAAAGUGGAUUUGGAGAUCUCUGCAGAAGUCAUGUCCUCUAAUCCGUUCGAUGAAAACUAUUCCUCUAACCCAUUUGAGGAGAUUUCCAGCUCACCUGCUGAACCCGACAGGUGUCAAUCUGCCGCUUCAACAAACGACAAGGAUCUCAUUACCUCUCAAAGAGGGAAGCGAGCAGCUCCUAAGCCUCCAGGAGACACUCAAGCCGAGAGACAGAUGCAAAGGGAGCAGGAUGGAUCUGCCUCGCGUCAUCUGGCACAAAUUAACAAGCAGAGUAAAGACAAAGAUGCCAAAGCUCUCAGCCUUAUUCCUACACGCUCAGUGAAAAAAACAGCUCCUGUGAAAGGCCCCGCUACAGGUACAGAAAAUGUUCAGAGCUCCAAAGUAAACAGUGCCGCCAAGGUGACAACAAGUGUGGCAAAGCCUGGCAAACGCGUCGCACCACCAAGACCUGGAUCUGGGGAAUCUGAACCAAAAGCAGCUCAGGCUCCUGAAAGAAAAACGUCUAAGACAAAAGAAGAGCCGAUUGUUUACGGAUUAAAUCCAUUUGAGGAAGAUGAAGAUGAAAAUGAACUCACAGCUCAAGGUGAUACAGUUAUAAAGAGUACUUCUGGUUCAGUUCAGUUGCCUCUGCCUGUGUCACAACCUGUUGAAAAAGACACCGCCUCUCAAACAAAAGUCAAAUCCUUUAAGAUGGCCCCUGCUCCCCCUCUUCCUGUGACCAGCACAGACACUUCAAGCUCUUCAAUCAGCCAAAGCACCAACGGGGAGCUUGUUACAGGUGACUCAGACAGGUCAACACUAGAUAACGAUAAAACCCAAGACCCCAAGACAAAGACCAUUAGUCUUGUGCAAGUCAAGGAGGUUUCACUACAAGAAUCCCAGCAUGCAACACUGCAGACUGCUGCAGAGGAGGCAGGUGACAAGAAGGAUGCCCCUCCACCAGCUCCACGCAGGCUUCAGCCUGUGAAACCCCUGAAUCCUCUGGAGCAGCAGUCUGUACCUGUCGUUGACAGAGAGAAAGAAAACAAAUCUGCAGGAAUCCUUUGUGAAGUCCAGGAGAAGACACAAGUAAAUGACACUGGAAUCAAAGGGCCGUACUCCCAGCUGACUCGGCAGGAACUCAUCUCCAUGGUGCUCAAACAGGAGAACCAGCUCAAAGAGAGGGACAAAACGAUAUCCGAGCUGGAGCAGUACAUUGACAACUUGCUUGUACGCGUCAUAGAAGAGGCACCAACUAUUCUCAAUUCCUUGAACUGUCUGAAGAAAGCUGUAUAGCAUUCACUGCUGACUUUUGGACUAAGUGGUCCUUAUGCGUUCAAACCCAAUGCGACAGUUUUUGUCUGAAAUAUAAGAUUAUUUUAUCAAAGUUAACUGGAUAAUAUUGCCCUUUGCAAUUAAAUCAAAUGAACAUUUAAAUAAAUUGAUAAAUAAAACUAGUAUCUUCUCAAUUGGGGUUUAUGUCAGUUUACAAUCAAAGUUGUCAAUAAGAACAAAAAUCAAUUUUGAAAAGAUAUAUUUUGUGUAUUUUUAGAUUCUUUGCUACAUAAUGUACAUUCAUGAUCAAAUGUUGCCAACAUCACGUGGCAUUACUUACCGCAUUGAAUGGUUAAAAACAAACAAAUGUUUUUCUAUGGACUGUUUGCUUCAAGCCUGCUGGAGUGUUCUUUGAAGAGGAGCCUUAUUUUACUGUAAUAACUUUGCACUAGUUCUGUAGAUAAAGUUUCUUGCUCUUGUACCGAAAGUCAAAGUUUACAUGAUUCUGCUAACCCUUAAAUGGCACUUUAUUUAGCUUACACUGUUCAAUGAAUUAUUGUUUACCAUGAUAACUGCAUUAUAUUAAGAUGUUAUGAUAAAAGAAAAACAAAUAAAGAAUUAUAAAGCACAA